AUAUCCUGGACACUCCCUUAUGGAAAAAUUCCAGAACUUUCCUAUAAUAUAUGAGCAGACAGGCAACAUGGCUUCAUUCUUCAGAGCACAAAGAGUAGGAUCUAAUCUAAGAGCACUCUACAAACAUGUUUUGCUAUAUAUUUCCCAUAAUCACCCUUACUUCUCUCUUUGGAUUUGCAUUUUCCUGCCGUUCCAACGAACACGCUGUGGUUCGAAAACCCGGGGACAUUAUGCUUGGAGGGAUCUUUCCCAUUCAUGAUAGAGUUUAUAAUUUAUUAGAACGUCCUUAUGUAGAUGAGUUCUCUUGUACAGGGUUACAGUUGCGAAUAAUGGUUGAUGUUUUGUCAAUGAUCUAUACAAUUGAGAAGAUUAACAAUUCCACUCUUUUGCAAGGAAUCAAGCUGGGCUAUGAGAUCUAUGACUCGUGUUCUGAUCCUCUUAAAGCGGUUCAGGCAACAUUGAAGUUACUGCCAGAAAUCUUUGCAAUACACAACUCAACACAGUGUAACAGCACAGAGGUCAUACCUGCUAUUAAAGCUGUUAUGGGAGAAGUGUCUUCUGAAAACUCCAUCAGCAUAGGAAGGAUAUUAAGCAGUUACUUCAUACCUCAGAUAAGUAGAGCAUCAUCUGCUGAUAUUCUAAGUAAUGAAAUGAGAUAUCCAUCCUUUCUUCGUACCAUUCCUAGAGACUAUUACCAAACCAAAGCAAUCAUGGAUCUGAUCAAAGCAUUUGAGUGGAACUGGAUCGGAAUCAUUGCCAGUGAUGAUGAAUAUGGACGCUCCGCUCUUAACUUACUGAGCUCCCUCUUUAUAGACAAUGGAGUAUGUAUAGCUUUUGUGAAGACUGUCCCAUCCUAUGCGAGACAUCCAUCCCUCAAUAAUAACUUAAAUAAUAUUAUGAGUGAACUCAAAACUAGUACAACCAAGGUAAUAAUCAGCUUUGCAAAGGAUUCUAUCAUGGCUGAGCUAUUUAGAGUAGCCAUCCAGCAGAAUAUAUCCAGAACGUGGAUUGCAAGUGACAAUUGGAGCAAUUCCAAGUUAGUAGCUAGUAUAGAAGAUAUUGCAAAGGUGGGCACAAUAUUUGGAUUCACAUUUGCAAGUGGUUUUAUUCCAGGAAUAGAAGAUUAUCUUAAAAACCUUUUUCCCUCUAAUGACAUGGCUACAAAUGAAAUUCUUGAUGAAUACAAAAUGUGGAGAUUUGGAUGCUCAGAAGACUAUAGAGAAUAUCUAAAGUGUUUGAACUCAACGUCUGAUAAUUGCCCUGUUCCUGCUUCUGCGAUGCACAAAUCGCCAUUAGCCUGCAUUGUGGACGAUGUCUCUCGGCAAAAUGAUGAUUAUUUGAUACGGUAUAUAGAAGUAGCAUAUUCUACAGCCUUGUCUGUUACAGCCGUUGCUCAAGCACUGAAAAAUACAAUAUGCAAAGAUGGAACUUGUGACAAGGAUCUCCAAGUCUCACCACGCAAGCUCCUCAAAGAGUUAAAGAAAGCCAACUUUACCUACAAUGGUGAAUCAUUCCACUUUAAUUCAUUUGGGGAAGUGUUACGCAGCUAUACUUUGUAUAACUGGCAAUUGAUGGAUAAAUCUGUUAACUUGAUGAUUGUCGGGCAGUACGACACAGUCAAUCAAAACCUAAGCAUAAACCAAAGUCUUCUUGUCUGGAACAACGUCAACAGCUCGGUCCCUUUUUCCAACUGUACGGCAACAUGCAAGCCUGGAUAUUUCAAGAAGCAUUCAUUUAUCAGCUGCUGCUAUGAAUGUAUUGCAUGUGCAGAAAAUACCUACUCCCCCAUGCCUGACAUGACUGAAUGCUCUGUGUGUCCCUCCCGUCAUUGGUCAUCAAAUGGAAGCUCGUGGUGUAAAAAUAAGAAGGUUCAAUAUUUGGAGUGGAAUGACCCAUUUGCUGUAACUUUGCUUACUUUUGCUUCAUUUGGAAUUGCAGUCCUACUACUGAUAGGAAUCCUCUUUGUGAAAAAUGCUAGCAAUUCCUCUGUUAAGGCAGCAGGCGGUCAUUAUGCCUACCUUCUGAUAGUGUCCUUAAUAUUUAGCUCAGCAAGCAUUUGGUUUUUCAUUGGAGAGCCUAAUCCUCUAGUCUGCCUGAUUAGACAGCCCCUGUAUGGCAUUAGCUUCACCAUUGCUGUCAACUGCAUCCUAAUUAAAUCUAUCAUGAUCCUCAUAGCUUUUGAGUCAGCCAAAAAUGGCAAGCGGAUAUGUAACUUCACUCGCCAGCGCUCAAUCAUUGUCGUGGCUGUAUUAACCGGUAGUCAGGUUGUUAUUUGUUUAGUGUGGCUCAUUUUGAAAAGCCCCUCAUCUAUGACUGAUAACAGCAUACCUCAGCUCAUCAUCAAGUAUUGUGAUGAAGGAUCUUACGUGGCCUUUGGUAUCAUGUUAGGGUACAUUGGGAUGCUUGCCUUAACAUGCUUCCUUCUUGCUUAUAAGGGAAGGAAACUACCAGAGAAAUACAACGAGGCCCGAAGUAUCACCUUCAGCAUGCUUGUCUAUAUGUUUGUGUGGAUUCUUUUUAUUCCUGUCUAUAAAAACUCAAGGGGUAUGUACCUCUCAGCGGUACAAAUAGUGGCCAUUCUUUCUUCUGUCUUUGGCAUUAUAGGAUGUCACCUUUUACCAGUAUGUUACAUUGUAUUAUUCAAACAAACUGACAAUGUCAGUGAUAACAGCAGCACACUUGGAUUCUUUAGGGCUAAAGCCAGAAAUCUUUUUAUGCGCACAGAUGAUGUGUCCGAGUCAAAUCUACCAGCUAAUGAAAUCCAAAGAACUACAUGAGUACAAUUUUAAGAUCCUUUCUAUUUGAGUGGCCUUUAAUGGUAGCCAGAAUUUAAUACUGUAUUCAAUGUAUCAUUGAAUUAUUUAUUGUAUAUACUUUUCUAUAGAAGCCUUUUUGGGCUACAGUAAUUAAUAAGCAUGUUUAAUUUAUUCAUUGAUUUAAUUUGAAUGGUAUAAUUGCCUUUGCGUUCUUAAAAACUUAAAAAUAAAAGUGCUGCAAAUA